ACGGCGACGGGCCAGGAAACCACUGCUCGAUCCUACUCUCCUGCUAGCUAGUCGUCCGCCCUUGGCCUUGGGACUUUGGGAUCGUGGGGGAGGUAUGGAGGGGUCGUUGCUGAGCGGGCUCAACUCCGGCGUGGUGCUGAGCCUGAUCGCCGUGCUGUGGACGGUGGUGUGGCAGAACCUGCAGCACCUCCAGCUGCAGCAGUUCUUCGGGCGCCACCUGAGCCGCCACGCGCGGCGGCUGGCGGCGAUGGUGGACCCCUACCUGUCGGUCACCAUCGCCGAGUACGAGGGCGGCCGGAUGAAGCGCAGCGACGCGUACGAGGAGGUCAAGGCGUACCUCAGCGAUGCCUGCUCCCGCGGCGUGCGCCACCUGCGGGCCGAGGGCGCCAAGGACGCCGACAAGCUCGUGCUCAGCAUGGUCGACGGCGAGGAGGUGGCCGACCAGUUCGAGGGCGCCACCGUAUGGUGGUGGGCCUACUCCAAGUCGCCGCCGCGCAACGACGCCGCCGCCGCGUGGUGGGGCGGCGGCGCCGCGCAGGAGGAGCGCCGCUUCUACAGGCUCUUCUUCCUCGAGCGCCACCGCGAGCUCGUGCUCGACACCUACCUCCCGCGCGUCCGGCAGCAGGGCCGCGCCGUCAUGGUCAAGAACCGCCAGCGGAAGCUCUUCACCAACAUCUCCACGCAAGGGUGGAGCGACGGCGGGUUUAUGAGGUCGGCGUGGAGCCACGUGGUGUUCGAGCACCCCAAGACGUUCGACACGCUCGCCAUGGACCCGGCCAAGAAGAAGGAGAUCAAGGACGACCUCGACAUGUUCAAGAACGGCAAGGACUACUACGCGCGCGUCGGCAAGGCGUGGAAGCGCGGGUACCUCCUGUACGGCCCGCCGGGGACGGGCAAGUCGGCCAUGAUCGCCGCCAUGGCCAACUACCUCGACUACGACAUCUACGACAUCGAGCUCACGUCGGUACACUCCAACACCGACCUCCGCAAGCUCUUCAUCGAGACGACGAGCAAGUCCAUCAUCGUCAUCGAGGACAUCGACUGCUCGCUCGACCUCACCGGCGCGCGCAAGAAGAAGAAAGCCGCGGCGGAGGACGACAAGGACAAGAAGGACGCCGCGGCGGCCGCCAAGGCUGCCGCCGGCGCCGACAAGAAGGACACCAGCAGCAAGGUGACGCUGUCGGGCCUGCUCAACUUCAUCGACGGGCUGUGGUCGGCGUGCGGCGGCGAGCGGAUCAUCGUGUUCACCACCAACCACGUGCAGAAGCUGGACCCGGCGCUCAUCCGGAGGGGCCGCAUGGACAAGCACAUCGAGAUGUCCUACUGCGGCUUCGAGGCCUUCAAGUUCCUGGCCAAGACGUACCUCGACGUCGACGCGCACGCGCUGUUCGGCGCCGUCGGCGACCUGCUGCGGGAGGUGGAGAUGACGCCGGCCGACGUCGCCGAGAAUCUGACGCCCAAGAGCCUGGAGGACAACCCGGACACCUGCCUCGCGGCCUUGGUCAAGGCAUUGGAGGAGGCCAAGGAGAAGAAGGCCAGUGGAGGAAAUGACCCUGACGAACAAGAAGAUGAGGAGGAGCAGCAGUAGUUUCAGCUGACGGUUACCAAUCUAGCAAUCUGUCGUCCGUAGUUGUGAUGAUUUCUCGUGGUUCUUCAAUCUUCAGGGUUCUAGUAGCCACUGAUCAUAUCAUAUAGCCCGUAGUAGGAAUAAAAUAGGGGUUUGCUUUAGAGAACAAACACUCGCCUUCAGUUACGAGAACUCCUGUAGACAGUGGUAGACUCGAUCGAACUUUUUCCUUUUUCUAUUCUACUAUUUAUCCUAUCCGGUACAAUGGUAUGCUUUCAUGACCAGAGGGCAGAGUACUAUGGCAGAAAUAAAUAAGUCAACUCAAGGUCAACGUAUAA